UUUUCCGUCACAACACUGUUAGGUUAUCUAUCUUACGUCAUUUCCGGGCUCCCCCCUUUCUGUCUUCAUCGACUGUUGUGUGACCCGCGUGUGUACACAGUCCCAGAUGAAGGAGUCAAUAAUGAACCAGGAGAAGCUUGCCAAACUGCAGGCUCAGGUCCGCAUAGGUGGCAAAGGGUCAGCUCGUAGGAAGAAGAAGGUGGUGCACAGAACGGCUACAGCUGAUGAUAAGAAGCUGCAGUUUUCACUAAAGAAACUUGGAGUCAACAAUAUCUCUGGUAUUGAGGAGGUGAAUAUGUUCACAAACCAGGGCACGGUGAUUCAUUUUAAUAACCCGAAGGUCCAGGCCUCCUUGGCUGCCAACACUUUUACCAUCACUGGUCACGCUGAGAACAAACAGCUAACAGAGAUGCUGCCAGGAAUCCUAAAUCAGCUGGGAGCUGACAGUCUCACCAGCCUCAGGAGACUAGCAGAGACCCUGCCCAAACCAGCUGGAGAGAACAGAGCCCCCAUGGUCACAGUUGAAGAGGAGGAUGAUGAGGUUCCAGAUCUUGUUGAAAACUUUGAUGAAGCUUCAAAGAACGAGGCGAUCUAACCAUCACCAGUGCAACAUUUCACAUCGGAUUUAACAGAAUAAUUCUGUCCACCUCUUGUUUUUUCUCCAUGGAAACGAACAAAACUUGAGUUAUAAUUCUAAAUGUGUCGUUUAUAAUAAAACAAGUUUUUACAGGAACCACAAUUUCAUCUUCAGAGUAAAUUUAUUCCGUUUAGCGUGCGCUAACUUCUUCCUCCUGCUGCUUCUCCUGCCUUCUGUUGCUCACAAUACAAAAUGUAUUGAUGAACUUAAUCAUGUAAUAAAAUGUGACUUUCACUUUCA